AAAAGAUGGUACUGAUAAUCAUAUCCUAUACUAUUUCUAUCUUUCUCUUAUCUCUCAUUUGCUCUAUCUAAACUUGCUCUGCAAAAUUUACGCGCUCAAGAAAACGGUUUCUGUAUAUAAUUAUAUCGUACUUUGUGUCUAAUCUAAUUUUGAAAGUUAAUCUUAUUUAUCUUCUAGUUUAAAAAAAAAAUUCAAAAUAAAUUAGAAAUAUAUAUUUUAUAUUUCAUACAAUAUAUAUCGCAUAACAUCGUAAAAUAUUAUUUAUUAUUGGUAAAUGUAAUUUAAUAUUUUGAGGUUACGUUCUACAAGAAUAUUGAUUUAAGCCAACAAGUUUUAAGAUUAUAACAAAAGUACUGAAUAACAAUUGAACGAUAGUCUGAAGAAAAUAUGGAAAAUCAAUCAGAAGAAAUGGUAAAAAGCAAAUGCGGUUUGAAAUUUCAUGAAUUUAUGACAGAAGUUGGUGACUUGUUAAUUGUUUGUCAUAUGAUAAAAAUGGAAGAUUCUCUUUAUGUGUGGGUGGGUAAUUAUAAUGAAAAUGCUAUGAAUGAUUUAUCUUUUGCAAUUAAAUCACCGUAUGAAAAGGAACCACUUGCAACAAAGAUAAUGGGAUCAAUUGUCAAUGAUUGUUCGAGUAAUCUUGCUAAAAGACUUUCAAAAAAACUUUCAAUGCCUGUUUAUAUCAGUUUUAAUGUUCAGGUUGAUAAUUUUUCUUUACUUACUAUUGAAAGAAGACUACAUAAUGAACUUAUUUCACAUCCCGAGAUUUUUUAA